UAUUGGCUGUCCACUCUGACUACCUUUCCGUCGCGUCCGCCUAAACCGGCCGUCUUGACUGCGCGCCAAGCCCAUGGUGCGAGCCUGCCUAUCCUCGUCCCGCCUUCUCCGCUCUCAUCCCACCGCUUUACGUGAAACCAGCACUACUGGUAGUACUACUAGACAGGGUACCACUGGUAGUACCGCCUCCUUACGAGAUCGUGUCACUGCCGCCGCUUUCGUCACAGCGCGCCGAUCUUCAUCCGCGCCUAUCGUCAAGCUCUCGCCUUUUAGCAGCCUCCCCUCUAUUUUCGUCUUCGCUUCGCUUUUCCCUUCGCUUCAUUCGUCACCGCCGACCGAUCUCCCUUCCAAGGCCACACCUUGGGAUUGCCGAACCACCAGCCUUUUCCAAAAGAGCCGCGUAGCAAGCCUCUGCACCGUCCGAUCUCGAUUCAGUCCCGCGAAAAGCGGAAUGGCGGACUCAGCUACCCCCGCGGACGCAGUUCCGCCGCAAGUCGCCCCCGCGGAACCCGCUGCUGCGUACGAGGCGGAGCGGCCGGCGGAAGGAGGGGAGGGAUCGACAGCAGGAGAAGCGGAAAAGGCGGAGGCGGAGGAAGCGCUGGUUGCGGCAGAAAACGCGGCGAAGAAGGCGAAGCGCGACUAUGAGUUGUCUGCCGAACCCGACUCCAUCCCUGCCGCGUCCCCCGCUGCUCCUGCAGCUUACAAGCUGCGCCAGCCGCACAGCGUUCUGUUCAAGGAAGCUUCCGCGUACUUGCUGGGGGAGGAGGGGUGCGUGUUGGUGCUGCAGCGGGGGGACCUCACCCGGUGGUUCGUGGACGGGCGGACAGACGCUAUAGUGAAUGCAGCCAACGAGAGAAUGCUUGGAGGAGGAGGAGUGGAUGGAGCCAUCCACAGGGCGGCAGGGCCAGGGCUAGUGAGGGAGUGCAAAGCGGUGCCGGAGGUGGGCAGAGGAGUGCGAUGCCCCACGGGGCAGGCUGUGCGCACAGGGGCUGCAGAGCUGCCAGUGAAGCAUGUGGUUCACACUGUGGGGCCCAUCUACGAGUCUGCUGAGCGCUCCGAGCCUCUGCUGCAAUCUUCUUACGUCCGAUCCAUGGAGGAGGCACGCAAGGCAGGCGUUAAGUUCAUCGCCUUCCCAGCAGUUUCCUGCGGCAUCUACGGGUACCCCUUUCCCGAUGCGGCUCAGGUUUCACUCAAGGCGCUUCAAGCAACCUGUGCGAGCUUUUCCGAGGUGCAUUUCAUUCUGUUCAACGACGAGGGCAUGGAGGCAUAUGAAGGUGCUGCAAAGGAGUUGCUGCAGCCGCUGGAGGUUCAGGUGGAGGGCUGACUGAAGUGAACUGCCUCGAGCACAAGCAGCUGUUGAGUCGGCUCAUGAGUCUAAGAGCGCAUGGAGGUGGAGCCUUAUGCUGCACAUGUUGCAACGGUUUUUUUUGGAGCGCCUGGAGGUUCAGGUUGAGCGCUGAAAGGCCGAAUCAGAGGUGACAAUGACAUCUCAAGGUGGCUCAAAGGCUGACAAUAAACAGCAUUUGUGGAGUGCCGAAGGCUAGAUCAGAGCUUCCUCAUGACUCAUUGUGAGGUGCCUCAAGCAUGCGGGAUAGUGACUGAUGUUGCAUGGGUGUGUCUUAUCUCAUGGCUUCGCAUUUUCAGUCCGCCUGUGAACAGUCCAUUAGUUAUACAGCACUACUGCAGUUUGCAAACGAAUUGGCUGGUUCAGUAGUUCCCAGUGGGUUUGGUGCAAUGGCGGCUCUGCAACAGCUGUACUGGCUAAUGUGGUGCAACGGAGAUGCUGCAGUGAUUAAGGAUGAGGAAUGGGUGCUGCUCAAACUCCAAUAGCGAGGGCACCAGGCCCUCAGAUUCGUUUUAGGCCACACUGAAAUCUGAGGGCCUGGAGGGCACACAUGACAUGAAGUU